ACUUACUGAUGGCCUUCGCAAGUAUGGGAAGGUUGAAAAGGCAAAACAACUUUUUUCCUGAGUGAAAGAUAGAGGAAUUUCUCCUGAUGUCGUUGUUCACACCUCUCUACUUCACAGUUUCUGUUUAAUGGGUAAUUUGGAGAAGGCAAAAGGUUUAUUCAGAGAGAUGGAGGAUGAAGGAGUGCAAGCUAACGUGGUGGCAUUCAAUGUUUUGAUGGAUGCAUUUUGCGAACGACAAACGUUGCAAGAAGCAAGUGAAUUAUUAGACUUGAUGAUCCAGAAAGGUCAGUAUCCUGACACGAUAACUUAUACCACAUUUAUUGGUGCACUUUGUAAACAAGGGAGCAUAGAAAAAGUAUAUGGAUUGUUAGACUUGAUGAUUCAAAGAGGUCAGCACCCUGAUAUAGUGACUUAUAACACAUUGAUUGAUGCCCUUUGCAAAGAAGGGAGGAUGGAGGAAGCAAAUAGAUUGUUAGAUUUGAUGAUUAAGAGAGGUCAGCACCCCAAUGCCAUCACUUAUAGUAAAUUAUUGAAUGCAUUUUUCAAAGAAAGGAGGAUGGAUGAGGCAAAUAGAGUAAUAGGUUUGAUGAUUCCGAGAGGUAAGCAUCCUGACGUUGUUACUUAUGGCACACUGAUAGAUGCACUUUGCAAGGAUGGGAGGUUAGAUAAAGCAAAUAAACUGGCACUCUGUCUUUGGCCCUGCAAACAGUUUGUUCCAUGGGGGUCUUCAAGCCCAGUUUUAGUUGCAAUAAAAAAUUGGUUGGACACAACAAAACCAGUUGAGAAAGAUGAGGAGGUGGAAAGUGUGACAUUGCCACCUGGAAUUGAUCCUUUGUUAUUGUGGCUAUCUGAAGAAUCUGAGGAUGAAAGCAGCAGCAUGACAAUAGGGUGGAUCCCUUGCUUGUUCGUGUCCUCUGACCCCAUCAAAGGUACUGUUAAUGGUAGAGUGCUUGCAUGUCCCAUGUGGCAGUUUUACACUGAUAUCAAUAAUUAAUAUGUUCACAUUCCCCACUCCCACCUACACCUGCUCACCCCCACACACAAUCAUUGGUAAAAUAUUCUGUAUGGCAUAGUGAUUUAAAUAAAUUUCAUUAUUCUGU